UACGGUAACUCUUUCCCAUUCCCGCAGCUCUCCUGCUGCUUCGCUCUGCUGCUCUUGUUGCCUGGACCUCAGUGACGCGGUGCCGCUGGAUUUCAUUGUUAUUCAUUCACGCUCUGCGUCUUUUUCCUCGCUUUUAACCUUUUUUUGGUGGAAAAGAUCUCCAUUGGCGUUUUACAGCUUUCUCCUCCCUCUACCGGCUUCCUGGGAUGUGUUAUUAUUAGUCUGUUCUUGCCGAGCGUCAGAUCAUCAGUCGGCGUUAAGACCUUAAGGCUUUAAGGUUAAGAUUCUUAUAAAUAAACAGGGUUACGUCAUCGGGACGGAGUGCGCUUUGCGCUGAUGUUUUCCUAGUUUACCAGGCCUCCACGUUUCCAUUGAUUCUGCUUUAGGAAGAGCAUUCCCCGCCCGUGUUCAUGCCAGAUCUGCAGCGUUUCAGUUUUAAAUACCAUAGCAUGAAUCCUUUGUUGGGGGGCAGCGCUCAUCUCCAACAGCACCAGCAGAGCCCGUCGCCCGGACACCCGGAUUCCCCCUCAGGCCUCCUUCCCGACGUGGUUUUGGGAGGACCGGACCCGGCGUCUCUGCUGCUCGGUGAACACUCCGACCCGGGGCCUGAUCAGCUGGGGCCCGACUUCACCGCCCCCUCCCAGACCCUAGCCUUCCUCCACACGGGCAGCACCUACCAGCACCGCGCAGUGCCGCACCCCCCCGCAGCCAUGGCCCUCAGGAACGACCUGGGAUCCAACAUCAGCGUCCUCAAAACCCUCAACCUGAGGUUCAGGUGCUUUUUGGCGAAGGUGCACGAGCUGGAGCGCAGAAACAAGAUCUUGGAGAAGCAGCUGCAGCAAGCUCUGGAUGCCAACAAGGGCUGUCAAGGUGGAUGCUGCGAGAGCAAGGCGCACACCCAGGAGGCUGCUGUGCAGACUGGAUUUGUGGGGACCAUCCCUCUCAGGCCCGGCUCCCUCCCUUUCCACAACACCAACAACUCCGCUCGGAGGCCAACAACAUUGUUCACACCUCCACUCACCUCCAGCCAUCCACCAGCAGGCACAGACAGUUUGGGCUUCACCCAAACUAAUCCAGUCAUCACCAUCAGCCAGUCCUCUCCGUGUGUGGACUCUCCAGGAUUUGGCCCCACCAAAACAGCUCAAAGUAGUAGCACAGGCACCAACCCUCCCCCACGGUUCCUUCCAGGGACCAUAUGGUCCUACAACCACAGCCGAAAGUCAGGCUCUGGUUCAGAGCGGCUGACCAGCCCUGGAGUGUCCUGGGUGCACCCGGAUGGAGUAGGAGUCCAGAUUGACACCAUCACCCCUGAGAUCAGAGCCCUGUACAACGUCCUGGCUAAAGUGAAGCGGGAACGAGAUGAGUAUAAACGCAGGUGGGAGGAAGAAUACACGAUGAGGAUGGACUUUCAGCAGAAGAUCGCAGACCUUGAAGAGGACCUGCAGGAGAGUGAAGGCUGUCAGGACGAGCUGGCUCACAGAGUGCAACAGCUGAAGACAGAGCUGGUUCUUUUCAAAGGCCUCAUGAGCAAUAAUUUGUCUGAUUUGGACAGUAAGAUCCAGGAGAAAGCCAUGAAAGUAGACAUGGACAUCUGCCGCAGGAUCGACAUCACGGCUCGCCUGUGUGAUGUCGCUCAGCAGAGGAACUGUGAAGACGUCAUCCAGAUGUACCAGGUUCCUGAGCUGAAGGUUCCCAACCCCCAGUCAGCCCUGAACUGCCGGCGUAAGCAAACCCCGCUGUCUUUUAUCGGGAGCGAGUGUGACGAACCCGUCAGCACCUCUGAGAGCGAUGGAGGCGGGGUUAAAGAAGAGGAGCACUUUGGGUCAUCGGCCAAUCAGAUCAACGAGGAGAUGCAGAGGAUGCUGAACCAGCUGCGGGAGUGCGAGUUCGAGGACGACUGCGACAGCCUGGCUUGGGAGGAGACGGAAGAGACGCUGCUUCUGUGGGAGGACUUCCCAGGAUGCACUCUGCCUCCAGACCCCACUCACCCACCAGUAGAGGAGGACUGUCUGGAAAAAGUGAUUAAUGAUACAGAGUGCCUGUUCAAAUCCAGGGAGAAGGAAUACCAGGAGACCAUCGACCAAAUUGAGCUGGAGCUGGCCACGGCCAAGAGUGACAUGAAUCGUCAUCUGCACGAGUACAUGGAGAUGUGCUCCAUGAAGAGAGGUCUGGACGUCCAGAUGGAGACCUGCAGGAGGCUCAUCACACAGACUGGAGACAGUCCUGCUGCGCCCACAGUGGCAGAAGAGAACGAUCAGAGAGGAAACAACAAGUCUUCGUCUCCUCAAUCUGCCCUCUCAAGUUCUGGGACUUCUUGACAUCCUCUCACUCAUACAGAAGCUACCAUCCCUCUAUGACUCUCUGCUGCAACAAUAUACAGUCCCACACCAGGGCAACACAAACAGAGCAAGCGCCGUGUUUACAUUAGAACUAUUUUCUCUUUCUGAACCAGACAUUUCAAUUUGGAAACUAGUCUAAGAAAUCCCAAAGUGAAUGAAGUGAUAACACCAACAUAAACAGUAGGCUCUCUAUUCAUAACGAGGCGGCUAGACUCGUUUAUAUUACACAGAAUCAGACAUUUCAGGAAGUAAAAAAUGAGCAUCUCAAGGUAAUUUAUAAUCUGCAGUACGGUCACUGCAAGGUCCACUUUUCUGUAAACAAACAAGCAGGGGUCAGAAAAGCCAGAAUGAUAGAGAACUUUUGGGACUUAAGUACUCUGUGUUGCACGACUGGGUAGUUUGGACUUAAAUCUGUAAAUACUAAUCACAUGUAAAGUCUAUGAAAGACAGCACCUUAUUGCCUUGCAACUCCUUUCCCAGUUUACUUUAACUCAUCAGACAAAGACGUACAUCUAAAUAAAACACUUCACGGCUAUAAAGUAGAUGAGAACGUGUGUACUUUCCUGAUCAAUCAUAAAAAUGGAAAAAAUACGAUUUGUGUUUAUAAUGAGCAGUAUUAUAAACAUAGAAAAGUAUGUUUGUCGAGACAGUAGAAAAAGCUGCAACCCUUUGUCCCAUUUUAUUAUUUCUACACUUAUCUUGACAUUGAUAAAUUUAUGAGUAAUAGAAAAACAGCUAAAAUCUUUGUGUCUGGCUUAAUAAGAAACUGUCACGAGCUGCACGCUUUCUCCAACUUUCAGGUGCCAAGUCAAACUGUCAAAUCACAAUUUUUGGAAAGAUCCGGAAACAUCAAUAACAUCCAGUUCAUUAGAUGCAAUAAAAUAAUAGUUAUGGGCACAAAAUAAAUCCAUAAGCAGCUUUCCAUUGAAAAACAAGUACCGUCUGGCAUGAAAAGUGAAGCAAACAUUUGCUUGAAGUUGAUUUUUCAAAAGGAUGAGUGUUGAAAUUCUGCUUGUGAGGAUGUAUAGUCACAUAGCUGCUUCCAUUCAAAACAAAUCAUCAUUAAAAGAUGACGUAGAGGCAAAAUAGACGUAAAUAGUGCAAGAAUUUCCAGAUAUGCUAUUUUCUUAAAAGACAUAAAUAUCAGGUAUGAACAUUUACAACACAACAAAGCCUCACGGUUGUGUUUCUAUAAUAUUCAACACUGAAUAUUUGAGUCAUCACGCCUAUGUCUGGUGCAGUGACAUUACCCUCUGCCCUACCUAAUCUUGUCUAUAGCUCACGUUGUCAAAAGUGAAAGAACACAGACUCUAUAUGGCAAAGUUCACAGAUAUUCAGGAGGAUAUAAGCCGGAGAUUUGUCUUUUUAAGUCUGAGGUUUAUGGAUGCAUUGAACGAAGACAUGAAGAUAGUUGGUGUUAGAGUAGAAGAUGCAGAAGACAGGGUUAUAGAUGGAGGACGCUGAUUUGCUGAAGGCAAAACCCAAAAGGAAAACAAGAUCUGCACGAGUGGGUCUAUGAGCUCUAUGCUGAAAAAGAAAGAAUCGAAAAAUAUCGCAAGCUAGCCACUGAGUGCCAAAAUAAAAGUCAGGGUUGUGACUUAAUAGUAAAAUCAAUAAUUCAUGAUAGAAAUAAGACAUAUUGUAGGUGUGGAUGCUGCUUCACUGAGGUGCUUUGAUGUAAAUAGAUAAAGCUGUUUUUGAGCCUUUCCAUAUAGAAAAAAAACUGUGUGAAGCAUACAGACUGAUCAUUUGUAAAUAUCCACAAAAGGUUGCGACUGUGGAAAUGAAACCCUGUAUUUCCAUUUGGGGAAUAUAGCCCAUUCUUCAUUUUUAGUUUUAGAUUUAUAGUUGUUUUUUGAGCACAUUGAGCCACAUCUUUAGAACUAUUUGUGAACUGCUGGUUGUCGUCACUGAUGGAGAACCGUCAUUGCUAUGGUAACGAAAUACUAUGUAAAAAUGUGUUCUAGGCUUCUUCUUAACUCUCAUCUCUGUGGUUUGUUUCAGUCACAAGUACAGGAGGACAUUUUUCCUCUCAUGCAUGCGAGGGUGUUAGAAUCAGCUGAUCUGAGGAUUCCUUCCUGUGUUUGAAUACAGAAGAAAGAGUUCAGAGAGCUGUUGUGGGAGACAGAAACCCCAUUUUCCUUUCCUGCACUGAGCGAGUCACUAUGUAUGCAUGUGCCGGCGAGUCUGCCUGUGACUGUUUUUAAAUAAGACUUUUACCGGAACACAUGCACAACAUAGAGAAGCAUGAAUCAGAACAAUUGGACCUUCUUUUCUUCAUUUUCCAGAUGACGUGUUAGACUGAGCUGCCUCAGAUUUUUGGUUAACCAUUAAAAUGAUGUAGAAAGCCCAAUUAGGCCCUUUUUCCACUUUCUUUAUGAGUGUGCAUCGUUACAGGGUAAAGUCGAUUUUAAAAAAAUAACUCAAGUUUAGGAAAUCUUAGCAGUGAAAUGCUUCUGCUUUAGCAAGACGGCUCUACAAUGGCUUUGAAACGUUAACGGAAAUAUAGCUUUGAGUAUAUCAAUGUGUUUAAAAGCAGCACAAGGAGACUGUCCAAAGCCGAGCAGCUGAAAAACAAAAAACUGAGACACGGUAAUGUGAUUAUUCUGAGCUCGACAGUUACCUCAAAACCAUUUUAAACACAUUCUGUCACGAAACAACAGAGUAUUAGGAACUCCAAAAUGUGUGACUUUGCAUUACGACAGUAGUUUUUUGCUUGAAGGCUUCAUCCCAGAGCUGCAGAAUGUAACCUAUAAAGAGAGACUGAGAAAAUAAAAGAUGCAACUGUGCAAAAA